GGUUUUGAUACGUUCUCGGCCUCCUUAAUUAGUUGCAUCAUUGAUCUCACAUUUUGAUGAGUUCCAUAGCUAGGUUGUUCUGAACAAUGAGUUCCACAGUGAUAGCUGAUAAAUGUUGUUUUUCAAACAUUAGAACCCUUUCAAACUUAAGUUUGCUAUUUAAAAAAAUUUCAACUAAAGGUCAAUAAUGAUUGAAGAAUUGAAAUGGUGGUGUAGCAGAUUUCAAGGCUAUACUUAGAUCAUGGGGUUUUAAUUGAAGAAUACGAAUGGUUUUAAAAUACAUGAGAGAACGUUAAGGUAAGCUAACGUGUUUGACCUAUUUUAACGCAAAACCUUCACAACAUUACUACCCCCACCCCUCUUAAAGAUUAUUUGGUCUCUUUUAUCUUCCAAGAAACCCAAUUUUUUUUCCUCAAAAGGGAGGAAAAAAUAGGUUAAAGAAAAUAAUGGAGUCGAAUAAAACGUUUUGGAUCAUCAUCCUGAUCGUCACGGUUUCUACCUUCCUAACGCCUAUGGUGGAGUCCAAAUCUGUGCCGCUCAGAGAUUCUUAUGUCGCGAGGUCUCUGCUCUCUGUCUCUCCACCUUCAGAGUCUCCAUCUUCCUCACCAGCUCCAGGUCCGGAAGUUGAAAACACGAUCGCUGUCCCAGCGAGUUCUCCUACAGAGAUUGAUAUAGACUCUCCCUCGCCGUCACCAGGGGCUCCUGCUGAUUCCAUUUCUCCUACUAAUGCUCCAACCACGAGCUCUCCCUCGCCGUCACCAGAGGCUCCUGCUAAUGCUCCAGCGACGGACUCUCCCUCUCCGUCACCAGAGGUAGAUAUGGACUCUCCCUCACCGUCAUCAGAGGCUCCCGUGGACUCAACUUCCCCUGCUAAUCCUCCGACGGAGAUGGAUAUAAUCUCUCCAUCUCCGUCACCAGAGGCUCCCGAAGAUUCAGCUUCCCCUGCUAAUCCUCCGACGGAGAUGGAUAUAGACUCUCCAUCUCCGUCACCAGAGACCCCCGAAGAAAUCCCCGGGGCCCCAUCUGGCAAAACACUUAUAAGUUCAGCUACAACUCUUCUGAAACAAACAUUGUUGUCUCCCGAGAUCAAAACCAUUUGCGGCAAAACCGAUAACCCUGAGCUAUGCGAAUCUUCCAUUAGUCCUCUGUUAACGGCUGCUAUAAAACCCGACGCUUCCUCUGUUCUCGUUCUCGCCAUUCAAGCUUCCAUCAACGCGACGAAGGCGGUGAUGCCUACCGUCAACAAAGUAGCCGCAGCGGAUUGUCAGGAGCUGUACGAUGACGCGGUGUCGAACUUGGAGGACGCGAUUAACGCCGUCAAUGAAAGUGACAUCGCCACCGUUAACAGUAACUUGAGCGCGGCCAUGACGGAUUACGGCACGUGCAACGACGGGUUUGAGGAGUCUGGUGAGCCUAACCCGUUGGCUGACGUGGCUGAUAAGCUUCACAAGAUGGUUAGUAAUUGUCUGGCUAUCUCUACGUUGAUCAAGUGAUGAAUAUAUACAUAAUGGCGUUACGUUUUCAAAUCUUGAGAUUGUUAAAACUAAACAAACUGUGAUGUUUCGCUAUCUCUACGAUGUAUUCAUAUAUAUUUUAAAGAGAGGUGAAGGUUUAGGCGUUAUGGUGUAAUGAUAUUACAUGCAUCGAUCUAUAUCCUCGUUGUUAUAUUGUUGGUGUGUGUGUGGAUAUUCAUUUCUCGUGAAACAAAGUGAUAUAAAUGUAUAAAUGUAAACCACAUAAAUAUUUUCUUAUGGGGGGAUCCCGGAUAAGUCUCA